CGAAAGACUAAUUGAACCUUGACCUUUUCAUUAUCCGAAACGAAAAUCAACGGCAGGAAAACUGCAAUGCCUAUGCAGAGGAAGAUGAUGUACCGCCGUCUGCACGCGGCGACUGCUCACAACUGGGAAGAGGAGAAAAACAAAUAUAAGGACAUCCAGGAUGAUGGAACCAUGACCUUCUUCUGGCGUGCUCACACUCUGACUGUGUUGGUGAUAUUCAGCUUCAUCUUGGUAUAUGUGGCACUCAUCGAAGAACCAUCAACAGAUACAGACUAUAAUAUGAAACGAGGAGUGACUGCCAUGGGCCUAUGUUUCCUGCUGUUUGGUGUCACCCAGACCCCCGAUGGCCCUUUUAGGAGGCCCCAUCCUGCAUUUUGGAGACUUAUUUUAUGUCUAAGCAUUCUGUAUGAGCUAUCCUUGGUCUACCUUCUCUUCCAAAGUAGGGACGAUGCCCGUCUCUUGAUUCGCCAUUUGGACCCUAACCUCGGCAAGCCCCUCCCUGAGAAAAGUUAUGGCGGGAACUGCCUGAUUUACGACGCAGAAAACCCAAAUGACCCUUGGCAUAAUUUCUGGGACAAAAUGGAUGGGUUUGUUCCUACUCAUUUCUUUGGAUGGUGGUUAAAGACUCUGAUUAUCCGAGAUGUGUGGUUUUGUUGGGUGAUCAGCCUGAUGUUUGAGAUUCUAGAGUACACCCUUGAACAUCAGCUGCCUAACUUCUCUGAGUGUUGGUGGGACCAUUGGAUCAUGGAUGCCCUGGUGUGCAAUGGUCUGGGAAUCUACCUGGGCAUGAAGACCCUAAACUACCUCUCCAUGAAGCCUUACCACUGGAGGGGCAUGUGGAACCAACCCACAUUCAGGGGGAUGGCUAAGAGAGUUGCCCUGCAGUUCACUCCCUACAGCUGGACGGACUUCAACUGGCGGCCGACCUCCAGUCUCAUAAGAUGGUUUGCAACCAUCUGCAUUUUCAUUGUGUUUCUGCUUGCGGAGCUGAACACAUUCUACCUGAAGUUUGUGCUGUGGAUCCCACCGGAGCACUUCCUCAACCUCACCCGGCUUGUGUUCUUCCUGUUCAUGGGCGCUGCAUCCCUGCGUGAGGGGUUCCAGUACCUCGAUGACCCGGAAUGCAAGAAGUUUGGUCGCCAGGCAUGGAUGAUCAUCGCAAUCACGGUGACAGAGCUGCUGAUUGCUAUCAAGUUUGAUGCUGAAACCUUGAGCAAGCCACUUCCCACUCAUAUCGCGUACUUUUGGAGCCUUGGAUUUUUCUGUCUAGUGGGGUACACAAUCUGGAAGUUCUAUGUGAAGCGUGACGUGAAGAAUGAUCUUGAAGUAACUCCUAGGGCUAAGGAGCAGUCUCAAGCACUACAUGAUAAUGAAGAAAAAGAGGAAGAUGAUGAGGUGGAAGAAGAAGACAAUAGGUACAACCUAAGGAACGACGGGGUUCGCCAUCGAACCAAGACUAAAAAUGGUUCUGCAGGGCUUUAGUGUUAUCACACACACAAAUUGGCAGAUUGAACAAGCUUGCAUUUAUUGUAUUCUUUCAUAUGUCCAAAUGUUACAUUCAUAUUUGAAUAAGUAGUUAAAAUUGAUGUGUUAAAUGUUUUGUCUGGCGUGCGAGUUAUGCGGGUUUUUUAAUAUUUAUUCUGGUAUUUUGUCAGAAAAUAAUAUUGUCUUUGCUUGUUAUUGCAAAUGUCCACGUUUUGUUAUUAAUUUGAAUGUUUAUGUUUUAUUAUUUUAAAAAGACCAUUACUGCUUUCCAAGAAUUGUUCUUUAAGUGUUUGGAAUAACAACAACUAUGCUUUAAUUAGCCUGCUUUCCAGUUUUCAAAUUGUGCUUAGCUCUGAUCAUGCUUGUUUGAAUAUUUCUUUUAGAUUAAUGUAUUUAAAACAUCUUUAUAAAUUGUGUCUUAUUGAUUGGAUGACACAAAUUGCAGGAUUGUUUUACGUGUACAAAUGUUCUGUUUCAUAGCUUUGGUAUGUUAUUAUUUUUGCAUAACGUUUACAUACAUUGAAGUUGGUGCUAUGUGGAGCAGGUUUGGUGACAAGAUAAUUGUGUCUUUCUUAGGAUACAUCAACAUAAUAUGCUCAUUGCAAGCUUUCAUGAUAGCCCCUUUUUGUCUAUUUUGCAUCUUCAGCAUAAUUUCAUUUUAAUUUCUUUAAUUGCAUUACACAGUGCAGUACAUAUUGUUUUGAUGAUAUAUUAAUGUAAAGAAAAAAUUAAAUCUAUGAAGAAACGAGGUCAAUUUGUAAAUUGGAGAAAAAUUUGAGGGGCCACAUAAAUUGCCAAAUCUAAAGUUAAACGCUCUCAAAACAUGUGCUCUUCUCAUGUUAUGAUCAAGUUUACAAAUGGUUAAUAUAUAUGUCAGAGAAGCUCACUUGACGUUGUGCAAAGAGUCAAGUCUGAUGACCAUUCUGUACUCCAUAUAAAUUGUAUUGCUUGAUUAAUUAUUGAGCUGCCUAUUGUUUUAAGUGAUUUACUCAGUAUGCAUUUUUCAUUUCAUUUAUUUCGAAAUGCACAUUUUCUCAAUACAGUUUAUGUAACAUAAUCACAGAGUCAUAUCAUUUAUAGGAAAUCACGUUAUGUAAAUUAUUUUAUAUAAUUGAAAUAUAUAACACUCAUGUUUGUGUGUCAAUAUCAGUUUUAAAACAAUAACUUUGAUAGAUAGUUUAAGAAGCUACAAAUUUGAUAGAUUGUUUAAGAACCAACAAUAAUUUUUAUUAAUGGUUAAAUGGAUACUAACAUAUUUUUCUAAAUAAUAUAUAAAAAUACACAUAACAUUCCAAUAUUGUUAAAAACUAGACAAAUUCCAGAGUGUUAUUUUCUUAAAAAAGUCAUAAAAUACAUCAAUUAUAUUGAACAUUUGAUCAAUAAUGCAUAUUAAAUAUAAACUGCAAGUUACACUUUAUAAUAUUUUGUAUUUGGUGUUGCUUUCUGAAACAUAUUGUAAGCUGAUAAUCUGUUAAAGCGAGAUUAUACGAUUUUAUAUGUGUUAAAUUGUAAUAUAUUGAUAAAAUAUGUUACAAUAACACAAAUAGGCAAGAAAAAUUAUACAUUAAAUACGAAUUUCAUAAAAUGCAGCCAAGACAAAUUAGUGCUCUGAGCAGAUUGUGAUAAAAAUAUUUUCCUACAAUAACUGAAGCAUUCGUCUUUUUAUUAGGACCAGAGUUAGUGUUUGUGUGUCAUAUGAAUAUAUAUCGUUGCAGGAAUUUAAGAUGAACCGUUAAAGUAAGUUUAGAUUCACAUCAUACAUGCAUGAUAUGCAUGCUGGUGAAUUCGACUGUACAGCCAUUUUCGAUUUCAGAUUUAAAUAUCUGGCUUAUCUCGCAUUUUUCGACACAUGUUCUUCUGAACUUUUAUUUUAGUUUCUAUUGAAAUAUAAAUAUAUUAAGUGUUUUACACAUUUUAUAUAAAUUCAUUAAUAUUUGACAAAAUCGUAUAUACUCGCUUUAAGCUUUUAUUUUUGUUGAUGUAUGUUUGUAUUGCCUAUUUUAAUUAAUGAUUGCAUAUUAAUUGUUUUGCAUCUGCACUGGUUAGCAUGUUACACAGCAAAUGAUAAUUUAAUAGUAUGCGUUAUAAACCAUGGACUGAAAUGAUAUCAAAAUUUGACAUGUUUUUUAACAAAAAUUUGUUAGUCUUAUGUUUAACUUGGAAUUAAUAUCAGUAUGCACCUUUUAAUGUUGAAACCAAUUUAUCCAUUACAUAUUUUGUAAUUGUAUUUUAACGGUUUCACCGGAGGGGCAUUAUGGUUUGCGCUCUGUGAGUCUGUGUGUCUGUCACACUUUUCUGGAUCCUGCGAUAACUUUAAAAGUUUUUCAUAUUUUUUCAUGAAACUUGAAACAUGUUCAGAUGGCAAUAUGGAUAUUAUUCCUACGUCAAGAAUUUUGGUUGCUAUGGCAAAAAAAAUAAUCUUACAAUGGUUGAGCCGGUAGGGGACAUAUAUUGCUCGAAAAUAAUCUUGUAUAUCAAUAUGUUUUAUUUUAUGUUUGAUUGUGUGUUUUUUUAAGUUAGGUGAUGGAAAAUAUGUUACUUAUGCAAUAUUUCUCUAUUUCUUACACCGUCCAUAACAAAGUGAGGCUUUCUUCAAUUUUUUAGCAAAAAAUCAAAAUACACAAUUUAAGUGUGGCUUGUAAAUAAUUGUAGAUGCUCUGUUUCAAAAGACCAAUAAUGGAUUUUAUUCAUAGCAUUAAUUUGAAAAGGGAGAAAAAUAUACAUGUAGCACUUCAAGAAGAUUACUUUUAGAAAUUAGAUUUUUAUACAAUUUUGUACAGAUUGAAUUGUUUAGUUUAAAAUUUCAUGUUUUGUGUGUGAAGAUAGAACCUUCAUCUGAUAUGGUGAUGUACAUUUGUUUUUAUACUUCCUUUUCUUUCCCACUCAGAGGCAAAGUAAAAAUGAAUUUGUGCAAACAGCAUUAAACCAGAACAGCCUGCGAGUAGCUCUCAGUAUCUAAGGGUUGGAAAUGAAGCAUUAAAAACUUGAAUUUUGUUAGAAAGGUCUUUAAUUAAAUGUAACUUUCUAAGGGACAACAAAUGCGUCAAAAUCUGUAUCUAAGUGGUAAAGGGUUAAUUGCUUAUUAACGAUGUGUAUGAAGAAAUGUAAAGCAGGAGUAAUGCUUGCUUGACAACAGUCAUCAUAGUGGCCAAGAAAAAGUUGUUUCUGUCUAAUUAAAUGCCCAACAAAAUAGGCUUGAUAGGUCAGCUUUACUAUUUUUUGGUUAACUUCUGUCUUACACAUUUAUUGAUGAUACAGAAAUAUUCAAAUUCUCUUUUCAAACUUAUAACUUAAUUUGUAUGAAGUGAUCCAAUUUUGCAAAACUGAUCGAAAAACUCAUUUUGAAGUACCAACACAUUUUAUGGUUCAUACUAAAAAUAAGGGUUGGUCAGAUUAGUGGAUACAAUCACCUUUUAUUACUCCUUAUUUACAAAAGAGACCACUUUUAGUUUGACAAGCUUAUCAAAUGGCUUCUAAUUGCAUAUACAUAUUUUAUUUGGAAUUGGAGCAACUGGCGAAAUAUAUUAUCUGAAAUGCCAUGAAUGUUAAGUCAGUGUCAAUUUUCAAAUUUGGAUCAUUGAUAUUCCAAGUGUGACUCACUAUGCUAGAAGUGUCCAUCAUAGUUAUGUUACUUACAAGAUAUUUUCACCAACUUUAAUUAUGAGUGUGGCCUCUUAUCUUGUUGAAUUUAAGUGACUGGACUUGAGUCUGAGCUGUGACUCACAAUGUGGUGCUGUUAUUUUAAAAUGUUGUGCAUCUUCUUUGAUAAUGCUUACCGGGUAUGUUAUUCUGUGAUGUUAGAUACUCUUGUCCCUAUAACAUGUUAUUAUUCCAUGUGCAUUUAUCACCAGGAGUGCUUCAACGUAUUGAAAUCAAGUAUUUUUUGAGCGUUUACUUGUAUAAUGUGUUGAUAUUUCUAUGAUGACCUUGCUUAUGUUAUUAACGAUUGUUGUUAAUGUGCACGGAAUAAAAGGCUACAGAUGA